CCUUAGAUUUCAGUCUGAGAGUGGAGAAACGGAACCAAGCCAUUCUAACAUGGAAGUAACUACCAUUCAGAAUACGUGUACUCUUUCAGAGAAUUCGUUGAGAUUCGGAAAUCCAGUCAAAGACGAAGAUUUGGAUGAACUAAUCUCCGGGACAACCCCUGCCAACACUAAGAAAAGUACAGCAAAGGCAGUUCGUGUGUUUAAUGAUUGGCGCAUUUCACGAAAUACUGCACUUGAAAAUAUUCCAAAUUUGGACCAUUUUUCCGUGGAUGACAUAAACAGAUGGCUCUCGAGGUUCAUAGUUGAAGUAAGGAAACGUGAUGGGGAUUUUUACCCUCCUAAAUCACUCUACCUUUUAACAACGGGUAUUCUGCGCUACAUGCGAGAAAACGGAAAUACUCUGAACUUUAUGAACGAAAAGGAUGACCGUUUUAUCAGAUUUCGACGGAGCCUUGACGCCCAGAUGAAGUUUUUAACAUCUAAAGGUUAUGGUUCGACUGUACGCCAAGCAGACCCAAUCAGCCGCGACCAGGAAGAACGGCUUUGGACAUCCGACGUUGUUGGUCAUGAAUCCAGUGAGACAUUGCUAUAUGGAGUUUUUUUCUACAACUGCAAGCUAUUUGGAUUGAGGGGUAGAGAUGAGCAUCAUGAACUAGAUAUUUCUCAGUUUGAAGUAGGCGAGGACGACAUUGGCAAGUUCAUACAGUUCGUGGAACGUGCAAACAAAACCUUUAAAGGUGGGUUAAAGCAUCGCAAUGUUGACCACAAAAACAUUAAACAUUAUGUUACUACCGAGGACAGUGACCGAAAUCUUGUCCAUUUGUACACUUCUUACAUUGGUCUAAUUGGUGACAAAGAUGGAAAAUUCUACAAACGCCCUAUUCCUGGAACUCUCAAAUUUUCCAAGCAAAAUAUAGGUGUGAAUAGGUUUGAAAACUUGAUGAAAGAAAUGUGCAACAAGGCAGGAUUAGAGGGAAAUUUCACGAAUCAGUCAAGAAAAAGAACAUGUGCAACCCAGUUGUACCAGAGCGGUUUAGACGAGCAGCAAAUCAUGAGCAGGACCGUGCAGAGAAGUUUAAACGGUGUGUGAAAGUACAAGCGUGCG